CCGGCGCCCGCCUGCCUCUCUCCUGGCUCGCUUCUCCUCCUUCCUUCUUGCGUCCGUUUCGGGAAUCAAAACGGCGCGCUUCUGCUCCCCUCCUCAUUUCGCCGGGUUGCGCAGUUCGCGCCCACCGGUUUCUUCCGCUAGGGUUCCGGCGAGAGGCAAUGUCGCUGCGACCGAGCGAGCGGACGGAGCUGCGCCGGAGCAGCUUCAAGCCGUCGGCGGACUUGGACGAGAGGCGGCGGCGGCGCGUGGGCUUCACGGUCGACAUCCGCAAGAGAAGCCGCGACAGCGCGCUCCAGAAGACCCGCCGCGCCGCCGCGGGCGGGGAGGCGGCCCCGCUCGCGCGGUCUCAGCAGCCGUCGCCGGUCCCCGAGACGAGGUUGGGGAGUAUCCCGGCGCAGUUGGCAGAAGGGUUGCUCUCGGGAGACAUCAGCGUGCAGGUGGAGGCCGUCAGGGAGUUCAGGAAGCUGCUCUCGAUCGAGAACCCCCCGACCGAAGAGGUGGUCAGCUCUGGACUGGUGCCUGUCUUUAUACAGUUGCUUUCUAGGGAGGGCUGCCCUGAGCUCCAGUUUGAGGUAGAGCAGGUUCUCACCACUAUUGCUUUGCGCACAGCAGAUGAUACUAUUGCCAUGCUUAUCUUUGUGAAGCUUCUCAGCUCACCAAGUGAGGAUGUCCGUGAACAGGUGGUGUGGGCCCUGGGAAAAAUGGCUAGUAACACCACAAUAUGCCGUGGCCUGAUACUUGCACAUGGUGCACUCUUCCCUGUGCUUCAGCAGUUCUGCGGACAUGCCAAACUCUCAAUGCUGCACAAGGCCAGCUGGGCCCUCUUAAACAUCUGCCAUGGCUUGUCACAGGCCGACUUUGAGCAUGUGAAGCCAGCACUCCCAGUAUUGCGACAACUCAUUCACUCUCAAGAUGUUGAGGUCCUAAGUAAUGCAUGCAGGGCCCUUUCUUACUUGUCUGAUGGUGGUAAUGACAAUAUCCAAGCUGUGAUUGAAGCUGGAGCAUGCCCUCAGCUUGUUGAGCUCCUUAACCAUUCUUCACCUUCGGUGCUCAUUCCUGUGCUGCAUGUGAUUGGUAACAUUGUCAGUAGGGAUGAUGCCCAGAUUCAGUGUAUCAUUGAUCUUCAAGCACUUCCCUAUCUUUUGAAUCUUCUGACAACAAAUAGAAAUAAAGGCAUAAAACCUGAAGUUUGUCGAAUCAUCUCCAAUAUCAUGGCUGGAAACAAGGAGCAGAUUCAGAGUGUGAUCAAUGGGAACAUGGUUGGUCCUUUGGUACAUCUGAUGCAUACCGCUGAGUUUGGUGUCAGGUAUGAAGCUGCUUGGGCAAUCGCUAAUGCAGCAUCUGGUGGGACACAUGAUCAGAAAAGGUAUCUUGUGAGCCAGGGUUGCAUCAAGGCGUUUUGUGAUUUGCUUAGCUAUUCUGACACUAGUAUAUUAAUGGUUUGUUUGGAGGGCCUUGAUGAUAUCUUGAAGGCUGGGGAGGCCGACAAGUCCCCAUGGGGUUGCAAUGUCAACAUGUAUGCGCAAAUGAUUGAAGAUAAUGAAUGGCUGGACAAGAUUGAGAAUCUCCAGAACCAUGACAACAGCAGGAUAGUUGAGAUGGCGGCUUGUUUGCUCGAGUCGUACUGGUCAAAUGAAGAUAAAGCCAUGCCCAUGCCCUGGGAUGAUCCCGUGUCAUGGUUAGCGGAAGAUAACACUCCUAAUUUCAGUUUCUUUGAUGGACCAGGGGAUUGCGACUUUGGCUGAAACCUGAAGAUGGUCACAUGAUUACUCGGAAAAUGUGCCCUAGAUAUCUGGAUUGGAGCUUCAGGUUGGGGAAGAAUCAUGUUACUCAGUCACGUUUGGGUCCUGUCAGCCUGAAUUCAGUCUGUCUGUAAUGGUUGGCCGGUGGUCACAAUGAAAGUAGAGCCAAAAUUUUCCUGAAUUAGCUGCACCUCUAUUUUGCGCCUUGGUGUCUAUGUCCUGCAGUUGACUCAUCUGGCUUUUAUGGCUCUCUAGAUGAGGAGCUGGAGAGAACUGUGUGUUGUUGAUGUUAAAACUCCUUUUGACCUCUAGCCUGUAGCAUGAGCUAUGGUUAUACAUUCCAUGUUGUGAAGACAAGAGGAAGGUUGGUUUGCUUCUGUAAAAGAUUAUGUUCACUAGCUGAAGUCAUUGAUCGAAAAAAUGCCAGUGGGUUUUGUGAGCCCGAUCA